CGCCGAACCUGAUGUCCUGUAUUUAUCUCUCUUAAAUGCAAGGAUUUAGGCUUGAAUUGAAAGUUGUCGUACGUCGUUGAUAAUUUAAGAAUAUUUCGCUCUUCAGGUAAAAGAAUGAACUAACGUUUUACAUCUUCUGUCCCUGUCACGUCUUUUUUUUGAAAUAUCUCUGUUUAUUCUAACUUCUAACGUAUUUCUAACCUCAAAAUCCGCCAAAAAAUAAAAAGGUUUUCCUUAGGCAGAAUAAUGGAGGAAUCCGAUAAAAUAAAACCAGAAGAUAGACCUAUAUUAAACAAUCUACGGUACAAAUUCUGCAAAGAAAAUAAUAAACACCUUUUAGAGUAUCUGAAAACCGCUUCUGAACAUCAAAGGAGUAGCUCUUGCAAUCAUGAACAACACAGAUUGUUCCAGGAGCUGUAUCCUAUGGAUAGUGCGCUGAAGAAUGAGCUCAGCAAAUAUCUUCACAAGCCUGUGGAUGUAAUAGAUAUAACUCUAAGUGAAGAUGGUGAUGAGAACAUUGACGAGUCUUUAGAAUCAAACCAGGAUAGUACAAAUAAUAUCAGCACUAAACUUAACCAAACAACAAUAGAUGAUCUGAUAUAUGCAAUUAAAGAAUGUUUAGGGAACCAGACAUAUCUGGACAGCAGUAUUCUAAAUAAUUUACAAUCUUCCAGUUUAGAGACAUACCAUGUUUUUAAAGAUUUAUCACAAGUUCUAAACCACAAAGAGGCAAUUAAUUUAGGAAUAUCACUAAUAUCAAGCUCUGUAUCUAGUGAAUUACUUAUAGAGCAUUAUAUCCACCACUUGUUAAUCAAAGAGCUGAGCUUAGAAUUUUCAGAAGGCUUACUGAAUUUGAUAAAUGAUGUUUCUUUGAACCAUGAGGAUAUUUUGAUUCAAGAACUAACAACAUAUUUAUCUAACACAGAAGAUAAUUUAAAAAUAAGCCUGCAGUUCUUAGAAAGGGUCAAUAAUGACUUGAAAAGUAAAUUACUCAGGUAUACCUUUAUUUUAUAUAUUUGUAAAGAAGUAUUGUCUUCAAUAGCACUGACCUCAAAGGACAUUUGAUAAGCUGUUUAGAAGUUUUAAUAAGUGCACAUUCUGAUUAUGAUACUUUAAAUAGGUUGGUAGACUUAAUGUCAACUUCUGCAAACAACUAUAAUCAAGAUAAAAAAUUUGGAAAGUUCUUUAUUGUUGUUAUAAAAUGUGUAGGGAAAAAUGUCACUGUAUUAGAACAGCCUCUGAAACACAUUGUGAACUCUCAUAAAUCUGUUUGGAAAUCAAAGAUGCAAAAAACACUAAACGAUUCUAUUCAAGAUAAUUUAAUUUUAACUCAGAGCUUCAGAUAUUAAUGCCAAUAAACAUAUUUAUAUUCAA